AUGCCUGUGUAUCCAUUUGUCUUUCUCUCGCCAUUUGCAUUCAGCCUGAAUGUAGAGAAGGCGGCCGGGGUGGGGGGUGAAUGGGUGGGCGGUAUGGGAGGGGGUUUAGUCGGCACGAGGACAGGAGGGACUGACAAGAAACAGGGCGUCAAGCUGGUCUCAAGCCGAGGCCGGUAUCACGCGAUGCCGGUCUCUCGACUUGUGUAA